UUUGUGGGGUCAAAGUGGAAAAAUCAUCAAUUUUUAUAUUGUCAAAGUUGCCUCCUUUAUAUUCUUCUGAGCUCUCUCUUGUAACCCGCCUGACCUAAACAAAACACCUUCGUCUCCUUCGUUAUUCUUGGUCUUCUCCACGAGGAGUUGAGCUCUUUAUCAAUGAAACAUAUUGUGAAAAUUCUGACAUUGUUGGUGACCAUCUCUGCCUUAUGGAUUGGCCUAUUACAGACAGCUAUUAUUCCACGUAGUCAUACUUGGUUGCUUCCCAUAUAUUUCAUUGUGUCGCUAGGAUGCUAUGGGCUUCUACUGGUUGGAGUUGGUUUGGUACAAUUUCCAACUUGUCCUCAAGAAGCAGUAUUGUUGCAGCAGGACGUAAUUGAGGCCAAGGAAUAUUUGAAGCAGAAAGGGAUCGAUGUGGGUGGCUGUGAUUGAUGUUGUGACCAGAGUUCUGUUUUCACGUUUUGAAUUUUAGACACAAAGAAAGACCCUUGUAGAAUUUAUUGAACUUCACUUACUGUAGCACUGAUAUUGUGGAAGUCUUAUAGCAAUUGAUUGCUUCCUUGUGAAUGAAAAUCGGGAAAAGUUUACCAGUUAAA